AUGGAAGGUAUUCCGUGCCAACCGGCGUUACCCGCGAGUGUGAAGUUCAUGAUUGUUUUUGGAAUUUUUCAAACAGUCGUCACGGUCAACAUUUCCUCAGCGAAUUACGAGAAUUCCCCGAGGAUCUACAACGUCGGUGUCCUAAUGGCCUCUCAUCUGAACAGUCCCUUCGAUCUCGAGAGGUGCGGACCAGCCGUCGACUUGGCCUUGGCCGAAGUGAACGACUUUCUGAACGUUCACAACGUGCAACUGCGGAAAGUUCAAGGAAGUUAUCCAUCCUGCAGCGGUGCCACGGCGCCCGGCUUGGCGGCGGACAUGCACUUCCGGGACAACGUGAUCGCGUUUAUCGGUCCCGCCUGCGCGUUCGCUCUGGAACCGGUCGCGAGGCUCGCGGCAUAUUGGAACACCCCCAUUAUCACAGGAAUGGGCGACCAACCUCCAUCGGAGGGCGAGCUGUCUGUCACAUCAGGCAUCCUCGGGAGGAUCAAUAAAUGGAAAAACGAAAGCUCGGGUAUUUUCAAGGACAAAAGCAAGUAUCCCACUCUGACCAGAAUGUCCUACUGCCAGUGCCGGCUACGAUUGGUCUUCUCUAGUAUCUUUAAAGAGUUCGGAUGGUCGCACGUCGCGCUGAUAUUAGACAGAUCGGACUUGUUCUCGUGGACGGUCGGCAAGAAUCUGGAAUACGGUCUGCGGAAACAGGGCCUGUUGAAGUUCGUCCGGGAACUUGAUGGGAACUCGGAGGACGAGCCGUAUCACUUUUACUUGCGCGACGCCAGUAUGUAUGCCCGAGUGUUGAUUCUUAGCGUUCGCGGGACCCUCGUCAGAAGAUUCAUGUUGGCGGCUCACGACUUGGGAAUGACCAGAGGGGAUUGGGCGUUCCUCGACGUUGAGAUAUUUCAAGGCUCCUAUUGGGGUGAUCACGACUGGGAGGUUGGCGACGAAGACGACGCUGUGGCUAGAAAAGCUUACGAAGCACUGCUAAGAGUGUCCCUGCUGCAACCGACGAACCCAAGGUUUCAAGAUUUUGCGGAAACGGUCCGACAAAGGGCGCAAACCGACUACAACUACUCGUUCUCCGAGGGCGAGGAAGUGAACUUCUUCAUCGGAGCAUUCUACGACGGCGUCUACCUGCUUGGUAUGGCACUGAACGAGACCCUGGCGGAAGGUGGAGACAUCUGGGACGGUAUCGCGAUAACGAGAAGGAUGUGGGACCGGGACUUCAUUGGUAUUACCGGGCACGUGAGAAUAGACGACAAUGGUGACCGUGACGCCGACUACAGUAUCCUGGAUUUAGACCCUAUAACCGGAAGAUUCGAGGUGGUCGCUCACUAUCUGGGAUUAAAUCGAGAGUACAGCCCCGUUCCCGGAAAGAAGAUUCAUUGGCCAGGUGGUAGGGAAGGACCACCGGCUGACGUUCCAGAAUGUGGAUUCUUGGGCAACGAUCCUGCGUGCACGUCCAGAACGGAAGCUUACACCUUCGUCGCGUACACGAGCCUGGCGCUUGCAGCGUUUCUACUCGCUGCUGUGGCUGCUACAUGCGUCCUAUACAGGCAUCUAAGACUAUCCGCGGACUUGAACAACAUGUCCUGGAGGAUCAGACCAGAAGAACUGUUACUAGAAAUAGGGAAACCUCUUUCUUCGAAGAUCAAUUUGCAUCAAGCGAUGUCCGAGAAUUUCGGGUUGGAGCAACGUGUUCGUAGAGGAUCGCAGCUCAGCUGUGAUUCCUUACCACCCACCACGGUCUUCACUACGAUUGGAAUUUACAAGGGCGAGAGGGUGGCCAUUAAAAAGAUCACCAAGAAAAAGGUGGUCGACAUUACGAAGAAAUUACUGUGGGAGAUUAAACAAGUGCGGGACGUUGCGUCUGAAAAUACCGUCAGAUUUAUCGGCGCCUGCCUCUGUUCACCAUCGCCGACUGUAUUGAUCCUGACCGAGUAUUGUCCCCGAGGAUCCCUGAAGGACGUGCUGGAGAACGAGGCCAUUAAGCUCGACUGGAAUUUCCGAAUGUCCUUGAUUCACGACAUAGUCAAGGGAAUGUCCUACCUUCACGCCAGCGAGGUAUCAGCUCAUGGGAAGCUUCGAUCCUGUAACUGUCUGAUCGAUGGUCGCUUCGUCCUAAAAAUCUCAGAUUUUGGAUUAAAGACUCUUACCACGCCGUCAGACUUAAUCAUGGACGAUGUUUAUUAUACCAAGUUACUUUGGAUCGCGCCGGAACUUCUGCCGUUGACCGUAACUCCCGGAAGCGUGGCGACACAGAAGGGCGACGUUUACAGUUUCGCGAUCAUUUUAGAAGAAAUCGUUGUUCGUGGUGGACCAUACGAAACUGUCAAAGGGUCCGUGAGUUCGCAAGAGAUCGUUAGCCGCGUCGCAGCGUCCGAAACGCCGCCGUUUAGGCCGAACGUAACGCCGAAGGAUUGCCCUCCGGAUAUUCUGUCUUUGAUGGACAGAUGUUGGAACGAAAUGGCAGAAGAACGACCCACUUUUCACGCGAUUCGCGGAACGAUAAGGGGAAUUAUGAAAGGUUACUGCGAGAACUUAAUGGACGAUUUACUAAGGCGUAUGGAGCAAUACGCAAACAAUCUGGAAGCUCUAGUCGAGGAGAAAACGGAGCAGUUAAGUCUAGAAAAGCGGCGCAGCGAGGAGCUCCUCUACCAAGUACUCCCUAGGCAAGUGGCGUGCCAGUUAAUGGCCGGUGAACUUGUACAGCCCGAGCAAUUCGAAUGCGUGACCAUUUACUUCAGCGAUAUUGUCGGUUUCACCGCCCUCUGCGCUCAGAGCACCCCAAUGGAAGUGGUGGACUUCCUGAACGAUCUCUAUAGCACUUUUGACCGCAUCAUCGAAUUUUACGACGUCUAUAAGGUGGAGACGAUCGGAGACGCGUACAUGGUGGUUUCCGGUUUACCAGAAAGGAACGGCGACGAACACGCAAGGGAGAUCGGUCUGAUGGCGCUGGCAAUUUUAGAUUCCGUCAAAUCCUUCACUAUAAUGCACAAACAGAACGCUCAAUUGAGCGUCAGAAUCGGGGUGCACAGCGGGCCUGUCUGCGCUGGCGUAGUAGGUCACAAAAUGCCGCACUAUUGUCUCUUUGGGGACACCGUGAAUACCGCGUCAAGGAUGGAGUCUUCGGGGCUACCGCUGUGUAUACACGUGUCCGAGGCAACGAAAUGCAUAUUGGACAAAUUCGGCACCUUUGACCUUGAAUUAAGGGGUGCGGUAGAACUGAAGGGCAAGGGAACAGUCACAUCUUAUUGGCUGAAAGGUUGCUCCGAACCGGAUCCAAGACCGCCAACACCGAAAUAUCGUAGACACAGUGCCAGCUCACCGGAGAAUAACUUAAAUCCAUUGAUAUUUCCGCCAAACAACGCAAACGGGCCGAAAACAAACAACAACACAUUCAUUAAUUUGUCCGAGCUACAAUAG